AUGCUUGCACGAGGUGGACUGCGAUGCAUUGGUGCAACUACACUGACCGAAUACCGCAAACACAUAUCGAACGAUCCAGCUCUGGAGCGUAGGUUUCAGCAAGUGUUAUGUGGUCAGCCAUCUGUUGAAGAUACCAUCUCGAUUCUUCGUGGGUUAAGAGAGCGGUACGAAUUACACCAUGGUGUUAAGAUAUCAUAUGGUUCCCUUGUUUCAGCAGCGGUUCUCGCUGACCGCUACAUCACUGAACGCUUUCUCCCAGACAAAGCUAUUGAUCUUAUUGAUGAAGCUGCUGCAAAGCUGAAGAUGGAGAUCGCUUCUAAACCCACUGAACUCGAUGAACUAGACAGAGCUAUCACCGAACUGGAGAUGGAGAAGCUUUCUUUGAAAAACGAUACUGAUAAAGUUUCUAAAGAAAGGCAACAGUAUCUUGAUAAUAAGUUGACCACGCUCAAAGAAAAACAGAAAGAGUUCAGUGACCAGUUGAAGGAAGCAAAGUCUAUACGUUCAUUUAAAGAAGAGUAUGGAACACUUAUGUCCCUCCAACGCCAGUUAGAAGAAACUGAGAAGAAGAAUCUCGCGAAUCCCCGAGAGCUUGAACAGUCGCUACUCCUAGAAGAGGUUACCGGUCUUGACAUAGCAAAGAUAGUAAGCAAGUGGACGGGUAUUCCAGUAUCGAAUCUUGAGCAAUCAGAGAGAGAAAAGCUGGUCAUGUUGGAACAAGAGCUUCACAAGAGAGUAGUUGGUCAAGACAGUGCUGUAGAAUCAGUAGCAGAUGCUGUCCGGUGUUCAAGGGCUGGUCUUUCUGAUCCUAACCGCCCACUAGCCAGUUUUAUGUUCAUGGGUCCAACAGGUGUUGGCAAAACCGAGCUUGCCAAGGCUCUCGCUGGUUACCUUUUCAACACUGAAGAUGCAAUGGUGAGGAGACCAUAUUCAGUGGUUCUGUUUGAUGAGAUCGAGAAAGCGCACCAUGAUGUCUUCAAUAUCUUUCUACAGCUACUAGACGAGGGAAGAAUAACUGAUUCUCAUGGAAGGACAGUAAAUUUCACAAACUGCUUUGUGAUAAUGACGUCUAAUAUAGGAUCUCACCACAUACUCGAGACUCUUGGCAACAAUGAAGGUAGUAGCAAAGAAGCUGUUUAUGUGAUGAUGAAGCAAAAAGUUGUGGAGUCAGCAAGACAAACUUUCAGGCCAGAGUUCAUGAAUAGAAUUGACGAAUACAUUGUUUUCCAGCCGUUGGAUUUAAGUGAAAUCUCCAAAAUCGUCGAGUUUCAGAUGAGACGAGUAAAGAAUAGAUUGAAACAGAUUAGAAUAAAUCUUGAGUACACAAAGAAAGCGGUACACCUUCUUGCUCAGCUUGGGUUUGACCCCAACAAUGGAGCAAGACCGGUAAAGAGAAUGAUUGAAGAUAUGGUGAAGAAGGAGAUCGCAUUGAAAGUUUUGAAAAGAGAUUUUGUAGAGGAAGACACUAUUUUUAUCGAUGUUGACCAGGCAAACAACAAACUGGUCACCAAGAAGCUCGAGAAUAAUGUUCAUGUUGAAGAAAUGGUUGCUUGA